CUUGCCCUCCGAUUCGUAAUAUAAACAUCAUGCAGAGGACCGAAGUUCGUUGUUGUUUCUGCGUUCUCCUCUUCUGUCCUAGGAGAUCUCUGCUAGUGAAAAAAAGGUUCUCCUCGGAGGGUUCUUCCAUUAAUCCAUAAGUUACUCAGUGUAAGAAAUAGAAAAUUCUUUCAUAUUUCACCUGACAACGACACAAUGGCAACAUCAGCAAAUAAGGGGGAUCCUAAAAAAGUUGGGUUUUUUGACUGGUUGAUUGAACAGAUCGACAGUGGAAGAUACAAGGGUUUUUUGGACUGGACAGACGAGAACCACACAACCUUUCGUAUCCGAUGGAAGCAUAUUUCAAAGAAGUCUCUUGUGGCAGAUGAUUAUGAGAUUUUCAGGGCAUGGGCUAUGUAUAGCAACAAAUAUAUUGAAGGUAUAUCAACUCCCAGUAGAUGGAAAAUCAACUUCCGCUGUGCCCUGAACAGUACAAAGAGAUUUGAAGUACUGGUGUCAAAUGAACCUGACUUUCACGAAUACAGAAUCAUCCCCCUGAAACCAAAAACUGAUUCAACAGCUAAUACCUCUUCUGGUACAAGUAAUGGGAGUGACAAUGAAGCUGAAGUAUUGCAUUUCAAUCCAUACAGUGAAGAAUGCCCGGCUCUGCACCAAUCUACUCCGCUAUACCAGUAUUUGCAACAAAGCGCUUCGUCUGGUUCACAGCUGGAAAUUGAUGCUGCUUUUCAAACUUUGACACUGGAAAAUGGAAUGGCAGGUUCUGCAGUGCCAAAUGAGAAUGCAGCAGACAAUUUUUACCAAACCAAUGAUGACACACUCCAUUGGAUUAUUCAGCAGUCCCAACUAAAUCUGACUGAAAUGCAACAUGUCUCAUGGGCCCCAACAGUAAUUACAGAUUCCAAUAAUCUUAUAGCAGGAAAUGCUAUUACGUAUGAGCAAAGAAGUUCCUGUGAAGCCCCUCAGGUCACCCAAAAUGGCUGCUCACCCAUAGGGAAUGGAGUAGCAGUUGAACAUGUGGCAAGUGACUGUUACCAAGAAGGACCCCACUGGCCACCUGCAAAUCCAACAAAAGAGAUUUCCCAGUCAACCAUUGCUUUUUCACACGUGCAACAAAAUUUUCCUGGUGCAAAUGAAUUCAAUCAGUUAGAAGAAGCUAUCUGCAAUACUAGCUGUUUCGUUGAUAACAUUUAUCUGAGUGAAGAGCCUCGGGAUAAUGGAAUGAGAAAUAAUGAAAUGAGGAAUGACUAUCCGCUUACAGCAAACCCGGAAGUUAUGAUGGAACAGAGUACAUUUGUACCUUCAGCUACUCUCCCAACAGAUGAACCAACUAUCAAUAAUGUUCCUUCUCAGGACCCUCUAGAAACUGCUGCAUUUAACAUAAAAGUGUCUAUCUACUAUCACAACAAGAUAGUGCGUGACGAAGCAGAAGUAAAUAGCUGCCUGCUCACCUACAACCAGGAGAACUGCCACCAAUCACACAGUGCACAGGUCAUACAGUUUCCAAAUCCAGACAUGCUGACGGAUCAGAAGCGAGUUGAAAAGACCUUGUUUGUCCUAGAGACUGCACGUUUAUUAUUAUAUCAGAAAAACGGGAGGAUCUGGGCCAAGCGACUUGGAAUGUGUCAGGUCUUCCAUGCAUUCUCCAAGGAGCUGGACAAUCGUUCUCAGGACCCUCCAUGUAAAUUACUGCCAAGGAAUGUUGAAACUGAAAUCUUCAACUAUGAACAGUUCUAUCAAGAACUGGUUGAGUUCCGUGAUGGUCAAAGACGCUCGUCUCCUGACUAUACCAUUUAUCUGUGCUUUGGACAGCGGUUUACUGCUUCCAAACCCAAGGAGUCCAAGCUGAUCUUGGUGAAGCUGGUUCCAAAUUUUUGUAAAAAUUCGCAUGAAUUCGUGCAGAGGGAAGGCUGCUCAUCCCUGAACAGCGAAAGUCUGAGCCUCCAAAUCUCCAACAGCCUUUUUGAUAUGAUAGAACAGCUUUCUACUAUAUUCAUGCAGACUGAGACAGCGUAUUGAGUGUUUUGUUUUGUGUGCCAAUUAAUAGGUUUUGCAGAGGGUGAGGCUGGUUCUCUCCAUUUGUUUCACAGGCCGAAGUACUACAAUCUCUACAUUGCAUCUCAGCCUUGUUAUUAGGGCAGAUGAUCUUCUAAUUGGACUAUUAUUUAUUGAGAUAAUCACACCCCGGAGAUACAGAUACUCUGCCCUGUGAAAUUCUUUCCAAGAACCUAUUGGAAUAUAUAUCUUGCUAUGGGGCAUUAUGACAAGGAUUCUUCUUUGCAGUAAUAAUCGUGGUACAAAGUUGAGGAAAUUCUUUUCAAGAACAUAUUUUUAUGUGAUAAUAAUUUCCAGAUGCUACGGGAAUGAAUUUAGUUUCUGGAAUGCACUUUUUACCUCCUAUGUUUUGUAAGUGAAAAGACAUUAAAUAUACAUUCUAACCUGAAACUCAGCAGAAACUUCCAUGUUUCUCCAAACAAGACUAUUCUCAAAUGCUAUGGGACAGUGUUAGAAGCAAGGUUUUGUAUUUUCGGU